AGACUUAAUCAUAAUUAAAAAAAUACAAAAAUCAACCAAAUUUAGAUAUUUGACGUAGAUAGAUUAUUAUUAGGCUACGUCCCUUGAGUGAUGUGCUUUAUCAAGACCCUUGAAUUAUAUCUAAAAAUAAAAGAUAGAUCUGAAACUAAGAUAUCAGAAUUAAAUUGAAGUAGAUAAAUUAAUUUUAGGUUCAAAUCAUAAUGUUUGAUUCUCAAGUUGAACUCUUAAAAAUCUAAAGAAAUAAACCAUAUAAAAGAUUUGAAAACUUUUGUUUCUUUUUAAAGAAGAAUUAAUUAAUUUUAAGUAACUAACCUUAUUUUAGAUUCCUCACCUGAUGUAUGUUUUGUAGAACUUGAUUAAUAAAU